UAUGUUUAACGAUGAUAGGGAAGCUUGGCGAACCAUUCCGUUUCGCGGUGUCAUUUUCCAUGGGACAAUGCAACGAGCGAGCUUUCAUAGACAAAGCUGAGGUUCAGCAGCCGUCAAAGUGAAAAAAGGCAAAUAUGCAACGCAAUCAUUUUUGCCAAUUUUUCAUUUCCCUGGACUUCCCUUUCAUUUCCCAUUACCUUGUUAUUUGUUUUUCUUUGCAGUCUUGCUGCGCAAUUGUCUGGAAGUCAUCAGCGAAGAAACGUAAUCGGAAGAUGAUGACAAAAAACCCCUCAUGCAGAGCAUUUCCUCUUGCAGAACGUGCAAUCAAUCCUGCUGCGCCGCGUAUUCAACAUAUUGCAGUAACAUUGGUCAGGGCCAAGACGUCAGGGUUGACCGGCGAUAAGCUUAGUUGAGGUUGGGCAUGCUUGGCGUCGUCAUGAAGUGGAAUAAAAAUGGGGAUUUAUGGCCAUC